UUUUUCUGUAAUUUCUUGUCCGUACGAUGGUGAGAAGAACGAUGUCAGGUCGGAGAUCGAGGAAGCGGAAGAUCCAAGCACCCAGCGACCGGAGAUCGUCAACAAACCAACGAAUCGAAGUUCUCACCCCGGCGAUGCAGACAACAUGGCGUCAACUACCGUCUCUCGGUCAUCGCAGCUCGUCGACGCGAGGAAUGGAUCAGGUGAUGUAUUACCUCAUGUUUUCAAUAAUGAUACACGGUCUCAUGUAGUGAUAGGCUUAGAUACCCCAACUAUCCCACUAGUACAGUCGGUAAAUCACAACACACACGCUCUCGCAUCUGUUGCCAUUGACAACGAUACGCUUAACAUGCCUAUAAAUGCUAGGAUUGCAUGCAGUGGUGACAAAAUGGUUACUUUGUCAACUGACAAUGUUGGUUCCUUCAUCCCCCAACCAAUUAGGGAUAAAAUACACAAUAGGGAAUAUGUAGAUCUGGCUACCCUCAUUAAGGGAUUGGAUAAGGAGCAAAGUAUGGAUAGCACUAUCAGAGUAAACUCAAUGAGUCAAUUGGAAAUGUCACGCCAGUCGAAGGACAUACAGUCAGUGAAAGAGUGGACAACAGCCUUUAUCAUAUUUGUCAGCAUAUACCUGGAGAAAUUCCCCGAAAGCCACCAGCAAAUGCUUAAAUAUUUGCACACAAUUAGAUUGGCUGCCAGCAGGGGCCAGUGUUGGCAAAAUUAUGAUAAACAGUUUAGGCUGCGCAUAAGUAGAUCCACAGACAAGGCAUGGGGCACAAUCAACGCGGAAUUGUGGAUGUUAUACAUGAAUGUCACUCCUCAACCUGUGAACCGCAGUUUCACCACUUUCAAGCAGCCUUCACAAUCUCCAACUGCAAACACCUUAAAAGUUGGUUUGUGCAGGGAUUUCAAUGACCCUGGAAUUUUUUGGUCACAGACAACAUUGCCGUUUUCCUCAUGUUUGCUAUCAGUGUGGUGGGAGCCACCCAUUCCCAAAGUGCCGAUUAAACCAAUCAGUUACAGGAAAUCAACCAACCCCAGAGGUUAAUACAUUUCAGUUUCGCAACAGAAACCUCCCAAAACGUGCAAGCAUUGGGCCACACACCUAUCAAAGUAGAUAAGCUAUUAGCAUACCUGGAGUCCUACCCAUUGUUAAGUGAUGCCGGUGUUCUUCGUUGCGGUUUCACCGAAGGAUUUCAUUUACAUUACACAGGACCCAGAGAGGCCAGUUUAGUUUGUAAUAACCUAAAAUCAGCUCAAGAUCCCAAUAUGGAACAAAUCAUACUUGGGAAACUUUCCAAUGAAGUACAAUUAGGCCGAAUGGCCGGUCCAUAUCAUAACCCACCUUUACCAAACCUGAGGAUCUCUUCUAUUGGAAUUGUUUCAAAGAAAGAAGUAGACGGGUACCGCAUCAUCCACCACUUAUCGUAUCCAGAUGGUAUGUCAGUAAAUGAUUUCAACAGCCCCAGCCUU